AUGGCAGACCAGUUGUUAUCAGGAGUCGGAAACAUCGUUUCAGCAGCAGUGGGAAUUGCAGACACAAUCACUUCGGGUGCCGUUGGUGCGUUCAUCACCGUGACAUCUGACGCCGAAGGAGCUUGGCGGACUGCCACGAGUGGAGCCGUUGUCCAUUUCGACACCUUCACUUCAGGGGGCGCUUCCGUUUUCGAGAUUAUCACCUCGGACGCUGAAGGUAGAUUCAGCACAAUUACCCAAGGUGCCGUUAGUGGGUUCUCGGUGCUUACAAGCAAAGGCGAUAGCGAAUUCAGCUCGGCAACGCAAGGGGGCGCCGCUGCAGUUGGUGCCGGUUCAGCAACUUCUAUCGCUUCAAGCUCAGAAGCAUCGAGCGCAGCAGGUUCAUCAUCUUCAUCAUCCUCGCCAUCAUUAUCGUCUCACUCAUCUAGUGAACAGAGUUCUUCAUCGGGCGCAGGUGCAGGUGCAGGUGCAGCAAGUAGUUCAUCUUCUCAAGCAUCAGAGUCAAGGUCCUCGGGUUCUUCAUCUUCGUCAGCUUCGGAAUCAAGGUCCUCGGGCUCGUCGUCGUCUUCGAGCUCGCCAAGCUCAUCUCGCACUUCGGGAGGCUCUUCAAAUGCCGGUGUUGCUCUCGAGCCAAUCAACUGGAAGAAAUCUGUCGCCUUGGCUGGUUUGGUUGGUUCUACUGUCUUGCUCAGCUUGUUCUAA